AGUGACAUCUAGCGGCGGUUCUUUAGAACGGUUGAGCGAUUUUAACGUUUCGCUUUCCCAACUGUGACUAUUGAAUAACAAGGUGGCUAAUGUUGAUUAUUGUAACUUAAAUCUUCACUGCAAAGCCCAAGAGCACCGUACAAUGAACCACUAACCAAGUUAAUAGCUAGCUAAUCAGCCCGCUUCUCCAAGGAGGAACCUUUGUGUCAUGGUUGCCCCUGGCAACGGAGCGAUGCUUUGCGCCACGCUGACGGCAUGGACUACAACAUUAGCCAGAUUUGGACCGUUUAGACAAACUAUUCAAAUAUAAAUUAUACAAAAUCUUAAAAUACGGCACAUAACGUCUGUAGGUCAAGAGGACACGCGGAAAACACCCACAAUUAUAUCAUCACGAGAUUUACAAUUUGUUCAUGCAGAUAAAGGCUAAUGGUAGUUAAAUAUGCCUCCAACCUCAGAAGCACUAAUCACUAAUUCAGACAAAGGUUUGGGCUUAAGCUUUCUACUGGGAGCCGACUAUGAAAGGAAAAAACAGAAGCUUCAGCAGGAGCUGAAACUAGACUACAAACAAUAUGUUGUCAAGGAAAUGGAUCGUAAAAGCAGUGAAACUCAUCCACAUCCUCAGGGGCUGUCCUUACCGAUCCAUGACAACUUAUCUGUCAAGGAAAAACUGAGAGAGGAGAGGAAUAAAGAAUACAACGUUUUCCUUAAGAAUAAAGCUCAAAUUAGAAGGACAGGCCAGGUUCCAGCUCUAGAUGCUUCUCCGUCUAUUCUUAAGUCCCGCACAAAUCCAACCCCCAUUCAUAGGGAGCAGCCUCAGAGGAGAGAUGCUGCCACUCUGACAGAGGAAGGGGAACAUGGGAAAAGCAGGAGGGAUCCAGGUCAUCAGGGACGGAGGCACUGGCAACCGCAUAGUCCAAAAGAACCCUAUAGCUCUGAGGAUGAGCCCAUGAAAGAUCAAGAGUUCAAGCGCGAAUGGAGGAAAGACAGAAUCCCUGCAGAGUUAGAGAGCAACGAGGAGCAGAGAAGCAGAGAAAGCAAAACCAACAGCCUGCAAAUGCCAGACAUGAGGCCAACUGCAAGAUCUAGACCUGCUUCCAGUAAGGAAAAAGUCGAGUUUGCUACUGGACUACUGAUUGGGACAAAGGACGAUCCAAUAGUGUCUCAGAUGAGAAAAGAAAUAUACAAACGGGAGCUCUUAAAACAAAUUGCGGAACAGCAGAAAAACAAGCUGAAGGAGAAGAAACUCGAGCUGAGGGUUGCAGCCACUGGAUCCACUGACCCUGAGAAAAAGCCUGACCGCAUUUUGCAAUUUGAGCCUGUAAAUUGGCAACAGGACAGCUGGAGACCGUCUGGAGCAGAUCAAACAGCUGGAGGGAAAGACCCGCAUCAAAGGCCUAAUGAUAACAAACUUAGCAGACACACUGAACAGGGAGGUCCCCAGGGAAGGUCCGAGGUGGACUCCAGCACUGCUCUGACUCAGCUGAUAGGCAAGGCAGCGCCACAAGGUGCCUCCUCACUAGACUACUUCCCAGAAGGCUACCACAGGGACUUCUCUCACAUGCUUGGAGAACUGGCAAUCCCCAGAGUUGCAAGUGUUCCUCCCCCAGUACCUCCUGCUAUAAGUAACUAUUACAAGACGCCAUAUGAUGCUGCCUAUUACUACUAUGGAACAAGACAUCCACUGGAUCCACAUCUCCCUCACUAUCAAAAUGGUCCACCCAGAAGAGAGUCUGGGAAUUUCCACAGCCUUCCUCAAAGCCCUCGCAUGCACAGACCCAGUGGCAUCACUGAAACAACUCAUGAACACAGAGCGUUUUCCUUGGGUGUUGGAAAAGUUCUUCCAGACAAGUCUAAGCCGAGGAUAGAGAGUGUGCUGAGCUACCAAGAAUCACUCAGAGAGCAGAUCAAAGAAAGAGAGGAGAGUAAAAGAAGAGAGAAAGAAGAGAAGGAACAGUAUGAAGCCAAGAUAGAAGCUGAGAUGGCGGCUUACAACCCCUGGGGGAAAAGUGGGGGUGGCGCUCCCAUAAAGGACCAAAAAGGCAACCUUUUCAGUGACCUUAAACAAAUGCACAAGAUAAAUGAGGAGUCAUACAAGAAUCCUUCGGUCAUGAGUAGUGAAGUCAGGACUCCUCGUCCCCGUAGACUGUCAGUCAGCGAUCAGCCGACGCCGCAGCACCAGGACACGCAGGAAAGAUACAAACAAGCGCUGAAACAACAGAUAGAUGACAACAAGAGAAAACGGGCGAAGGAGAAGGAACAAAUGAGGAUGGAGGAGGAGAAAGAAGAGAAGAGGCUGUUGGAGCAAAGGACGCGCAUGCAGUGGGAAUAUGAGGAGGAGCAAAGGAGACAAAAGAAUAUGGAGCAGAAGCAAAGUCGGAGCCGUGAGCCUAAAUCACCUCACCAGGAAGAACAAACGCAGACCAAGCAGGAACAAGACAUUGCUGAAAGCAUCAGACAGAUAGAGGAUAAAGUGGCAGAGUUUCCUUAUAAGAAGGAGCCAUCUCCUCCCAUCCCAGCCUGGCAGAACAAGCAGACAAAUACUGUGGUCCCACGACCUCCAUCUGUUGCAAGCCAACUCUCCACCAAGACUGAGGCGUCUGAGUCAGCACCACCAGCUGUGGAAAAAAUCGCCCCACUACGAGAUGGUCAGCAGCAGGUGAUGAGAGAGCUGUCGGCCCUCCGCCAGUACCUGUGGACGGAGAAGAGACAACUAGAAGCACAGCUGGGCAGAGAGGACGGACAGGAGGCUCCACGCACUCCCCCCAACAGGCGCAGAGGACGACCCAGAGCCGAGGCCUCGGCGCCUCUACACAAGCAGAUCGACCAGCCAUCAGCUGGGAGACUUUACUCUGGCGCUGCACGCGUUAACAUGGAAAACAUCAGGGAGUUCAACAUGCUAAAACACAGGGACACAGAAUCCCGUGAGGACGUCCGUCACAUGUAUCCGGACCCUCCCACAGACGCACAAAGUCUGGACAUACAGCAGCAGGUCCUCCUACGGGAACAACGACGCAAGAUCAGGCGUAUGAAGGGGGAAGAGGAGCGGGAUCGUUUGGAGCUAAAUUCGAGCCAUUAUUAUGAUAGGAACAAACACGGACGCUUCAUCCACACAGACGCUGCGUUGCCAUCUGAGACCACUUUUAUUGAUGUUUACAGUAGCAGGGAGCAGCUUCAAGAGCAGAAACCCCGUCGUCCAUCAGCUGAACCCCAGGAGAGGACGACAUGGAGGACACAUGUCCAUGAUGAAGCAGUGAUUGCCACAAAUCAGAGAGCACCUAAGACCCAGUCGGACACUCAGUUGUUAACAAGUCAAAAUGGUGAAACUAGGGUCCGCUCGAAGCAACAGCGCAUCAGGAGACGAGACUCUUAUACCAUUGAACAAAAUGGCAUAUUAGAGGGACUGCCUGCUGAUGAAACGGAUACUGCGUCUCUGCGUUCUGCCCUGGAGAGCCCCGUCUCCGUGGAGACCGUCGCCACGGAGCCCUGGCUGCGGCCCGGCACCUCAGAUGAUGUAAAACGCUCCGGUAGUAGACCAAGGCCAAACCGCGGGACGGGUGCUCCACCCUGGCUGACGCGUGGCAUCACAUAGCUCCCAUCCACUGAAGGUUAAAACUUUCCCCCCUCUGUAGAAUGGAUGAGGGCUAAACGUGAUCACAUUAAUUUUAGAGUUAAUCAGUUCAUAUUUAGCUUACAUAGGUUUUCUGAUGGGCAUAGCUAUGACUGUACAAAGGUUCUAUAUCGCUACUGAAUAAAUGCUGUUAUUUUAAUCUUUU